UUCAAUUCAAUUUAAUCUCAUCUUAAUAAUCCUUUAUCUUUUAUAAUUCACAUUUAAUACUAUAAUUCAUUUCUUAUGUCAAUUCAACCAUGAGUGAUCCAAAUACCAAUAUUAAUACCAGAACUAGUUCUCUUCCUCCUCCUCAUACUAAUAAACCACCUCCUCCUGAAGGUCAAAUAUCCCAAUCAACUUCAACCACUUCAUCAUUAGCCAGAACUUUAGAUUCAUCUCAAACAAAUCAAACUGAAUUAACAUCCCCCAGUAAAUCAUUUCGAAAUUUCUUUAAAAGUAGAUUAUCAACUUAUUCUAUAGAGAGUAUAAGUGAAGAACCUGCAGAAAGUAGAAAAUCAAUCGCAUCAUCAUCAACAAAUCAGGAUAUAGUAUCUCCAUCUAAAAUUUCAAAUCUUUUAUUAAGACCUAAAUUUUCAAGAUCAAAAUCUUCAUCAAAUUCAAUUCAACAACUGUUACAACAAGCUGCAGGUGGAUCCAUACAAGCACCACCUUCCACAUCUUCAUUUGUCCAAUUGAAUAAUCUGUCGAAUGGAAGCUUGACAAAAGAAAAAGAAGUCACGAUUGAUGAUUUCGCCGAUACAGAAUCCUCCAAUGAUGAUAGUGGAGAUGCUAUUAAUAAACUGUAUGAUGAAGAAUCAGUGAAUUCAUUAUUAAUGGAAUACCAAAGACCAAAAACAUUUGUAUAUAAAGAAUUACUCGAUGAAGAUGAUCAUCAAUCACCAUCAACAUCAAAAUCUGUUGCAACAGAAAGUAAAUCAUCACCCGAUAAUACUAAUGGAUUAAAUUCAGGUGAUCAAACUAUCAUAAGUCAUUAUGAUGAGAAUGUAUCGAUUGGGAGAGUUGAACGAGCCAUUAGAGUGUCAUCACCACCUGUGGUUAGACAAUCACCCGUACCAGAAUUAAAAGAUCCAUCAAUUAGAAAUAGUAGAGGAUCAGAUUUAAUUUCAACCACCAUGUCUGAUUCAGAUCAUAGUCAAACUAAAUAUCCUGAUCCAAAUUUAUCCAAUGUAGCUACACCCAUGCAAACUCCAACUAUAAGACACAUGCUUAAUAAUCCUCGUCAUAGUGGCGGUGAUGAUUCAUUGAAUAGUGCUUCAAGAAGAUUAGGUGAAGUCAUCACUGGUGGAGAAAUUAAAAGUGGUGAUAUUAUGUAUAAUGAGAAUGAAACUGCUUUAAAACUUCAGGAUAAUAGUGUUAGAAAUCUGUUGAAUACUAAUGAAACCAUGUUAAAAAGAGAAACAUUCAGAUCAUCAAUGUCAUCGGGUGAAUUAUUAAAUAAAUUACAAGGUUUUGAAACUGGAAAUGAUAAACCUCAAGCAUCAUCAACUUUAAGAUAUAGUCAUUUAGAUGAAGAUGAUUUAGAAGAUUUGAAAGAUCGAAAAUUCGGGAAUUUAACCGCUGGAUUGGAUUCCACUAAUGAAUUACCAUUCAUGUUGUAUAAAGUUCAAGAUAAAGAUUAUGAUGAAAGUAAUCAAAGAUGGUCAGUGUAUGAAACCAAUAGAGCAUCACAAAUCAAACAAGAACAAGAACAGGAACAAUUGAAAAAUACCAGUCCUCAAGUUAUUCAACUGAAAGCAUUACCACCUGAUUUUGAACCUCCAAGUUUUCCGGAACAUGAAGAUUUAAGACAAGGUAGUAUUAGUAGUAGUGGAUCAAAUUAUGACAGGUAUGAAGAAGCUAAUGAAUUUUUUAAUAGUAAUCAAUCUCAUCCUUCAUUUCCUGCUCCUCCUCAUCAUAUUGGAAUUAUUCCUACUCAAUCUUCAUCAUCAUCUUCAAAUCAAGUUUAUCAUACUGCAAGUGGAAGAGAUACUACUGAUACAUCAAGUAAUCUUUAUCAUACCGUUACUGAAGGAACUAUUUCUUCUGCUGCUGGGUCAGUAUCAACGUUCCAACAAGUAGUACCUGAUGAGAAUACCGAACCUAUUAUUCCAAUCCCACCUCAAGUUCAUGCUCAUGAAUUUCAAAGUAAUGUUACAACCCCUAUAGUUAAUCAAUUCCCAUCACGUACAUCACCUGCCAGCAGUCAUUAUCGAGAAAUUACUCCGCCAAUACUUCAUCCAGAACCAGUAGCACAUAUUGAUUCGCCUCAUAGAAAUAUCACUCCACCAUAUAUAACUGAUGAACCGCAAAUACACCCUCAAACCCAACCAUCGACUUCAAAUGUUUAUAAUCAACAAGAUAGGGAGCCAGAAACUUUAGUGUUAAGUAAACCACCUCCUGAUUUGAUUAUCCCCAAUCCAUCUGAAUAUGAUGGUAGAAGAGGUAUUAGUAGUCAUGGUGGACAAAUUGAUGAAGAUGAAUAUUAUAUUCAGGAUAUUGAAAAACAAAUCAUGCAUGAUAAUGAGAAUGUUAAUCAUGGAAGAAGUGCAGGUGGAUAUGUGAUUAAUGAAAAUAAUCAUUAUUCAUGGACGAGAUUCGGAACUAUAAUGCUUAUUGGAUUAAUUAUUCCUCCUGUUUAUUUCUUAUUAUCAUUAGGAGUAUUUGAUUCGAGUAAUAAUUAUCAACAAUAUUAUUCAGGAUUACAUUAUUAUAAUAAUCGUCAAGUAUUAGCUUCAUCUACUAAUAAGGAUCCUAAUUCGAUUAAUCAAUUUUCAAGAUCUCAAAAAAUGAUUAGUUUUGGAAUUGGGAUAACUUGGACAGUAGUUAUACUUGCCAUGAUUGGGGUUGGUUUAGGAGUUGGAUUAACAAGUUAGUCGAGUUAAUCCAGUGGUCAUCGUUUACAUAGGGCAAUCUAUUUCUAUUUCUAAUUCUAUUA